AUGCCCAUCCCCUUCAUCAUGUACGUCAUUGGCAACGGCCCUCCAGAUUGGCUACGCGACAAUGCAUACACGAUCCUAGCCGUGUCGACGACGCUGGCGGUUCUCUAUUUUCUCAAGCGAUGGACGUCGGGAGCCAUGAACACGAGCGAAAAGAACAUGCACGGCAAAGUUGUGCUCUUCACGGGCGGCACAUCCGGGAUAGGCGCAAUGGCUGCGCAAGAACUGGCGGCUCGAGGGGCCCAGCUCGUGCUCUUGACGCAAGCACCGCCUUCCGACCCGUUUCUCGUCGAAUACAUACAAGACAUGCGCGACCGGACCGGCAACCAACUCAUAUACGCCGAGCAAGUCGACCUCGCGAGCCUGCAUAGCAUCCGAAGGUUUUGCACCAAAUGGAUUGACAAUGCGCCGCCGCGGAGGCUCGACAUGGUUGUGCUCUGCGCGGCGACAAUGGCGACGCCCGGCGGGCAGCGGAAGCUGACCGAGGAGGGCAUCGAGGAGACGUGGAUGGUCAACUUGCUGGCCAAUUUCCAUCUGCUGGGCAUGCUGAGCCCGGCAAUCAAAGCCCAGCCGUUUGACCGAGACGUGCGCGUCAUCAUGACGACGUGCUCUUCGUACAUUGGUUCGCCGUCGCUGAAGGAGGCUGCGGAUGACGACAGCUGGUCGCCGUGGACGGCCUACGCCCGAAGCAAGCUCGCUCUGGCCGUGUUUGGGACAGCGUUUCAGAAGCAUCUCGACACGUACAAACGCCCGGACCAGCUGCCCAUGAACGCCAAGGUCAUCUUUGUGGACCCGGGACUGAGCCGCACGCCUGGAACCCGACGGUGGCUGACUAGGGGAUCUCUGGCAGGACUGGCCGUUUACCUUGCGGGGUACCUUGUUCCCUGGCUCCUGCUCAAGUCGCCCUUUAGAGGAGCGCAAUCCAUUCUCUACGCUGCCAUGGAGCCCAGCCUCGGCGUUGGCCCGGGAGGAAGGCUGAUCAAGGAAUGCAUGCAAGUAGACUUUGCGCGUGGUGAGGUGCAGGACGACGAGGUGGCCAAGAGGCUGUGGGAAGAGAGCGACGCUCUUGUCGAGCGCACGGAAAAAGCAUCUGCCAAGGCCAGGGCGGCGGAGAAGGCGGCCAAGGAUAGAGAGGGCGAGAAGCAGCAAGAGCAGCAGCGUAUCGACGAGAUUGCAGGAUUGGUCGAGACGAUCAAGAAGGGCAGAAAGAGAGACAAGGAAGCAGAGCAGCAGCAGAAAGCAAAGGAGGGCAAGCGAAAAGGCAAAAAAGCAGGGUGA